AUGGCGCCGAUCGCGCGCGUCGCCGUGCUGUUCGCCAUGGACGCCGAGGCGCGACCGCUGAUCGACGCCCUCGGGCUGACGCUCGACGCCGACGCGUUCGCGCGCGUCGGCGGCGACGUCCCCAUGCGCGUGUACUCGGGAACGCUGAAGUCGGGCGCGCGCGUCGACGUCGUCUGCGCGGGGUCGUGCGCGAGGCACAACGUGUGCAACGUCGGCACGGUCGGCGCGGCGCUGUCGACGUACGAGACGUGCGCGACGCUGCGACCGGACGUGAUCGUGAACGCGGGCACGGCGGGAGGGUUCGCGAAGCGCGGCGGCGAGGUCGGCGACGUCUACGUGGCGACGAAGUUUAAGAAUCACGAUCGACGAAUACCGAUCCCUGGAUACGAUAAAUACGGCGUCGGUGAGUACGAUGCGUGGCCGACGCCGCGGUUGAUCGAGGCGCUGGGAUGCAAGACCGGGGUGGUGUGCACGGGGAACUCUCUGGACGCCACGGAGACGUGCCGAGCGCUGCUGGACGAGUUCGAGUGCAGCGUGAAGGAGAUGGAGGCGGCGGCGAUCGCGCACGUCGCGCACCUAUUUAACGUGCCCGUGAUCGCGGUGAAGACGAUCACGGACAUCGUGGACGGGCCGCAGGCGACGGAGGAGGAGUUUUUGCGAAAUUUAUCGUCGGCGGCGGACGCGCUGCGCGACGUCGUGCCGCGCGUCGUCGAAUUCCUCGACGGCAAGUCCGUGGACGAGCUGUGA